AUGCGCUGUAAAAUUGAAGAAAAUAUCAUAAUGGCGGAGGUUAGUCCCGGAUAAGAUUUUCUUAGAAUUUGAAGAAAUUGAUAAAUCAAGAUGGCACAUGAGAUACAUUUAAAGAAUAACAAAUACCGGCAGUGGGUUAAGGCUGGCCUAGGCUUGGGUUAUCUUAAAGAGGGACUUGCGCCAUUUUGUGAUGACAUUGGAAGACAGCAGCACAACGAUAUUAUUAACAAAAUACAACAAACAAAGACUCCUCAACCAAACGUACCAUGUGGCGCCUGUCAGAUAACAACUCUCCAGCCAGAUCAUAUCCGAGUCUCAAAAGGGAUAUGUCCCCUCAAUCAAGAUAAAUGUAACUGUUGUUUUCCUAAGAAUAAGAGACCCUGUCCAAACAACGUAUGUGGUGCCAUCUAUGACAGCAUUAUACAGUAUCAUGCAUCAAUGCCACCAGUACCUUUUUGGAAAAAUAGUGAUGCCCAACAGUGGUCGACAGACCCGUGGAACGUUUGCAAAUGUUUUAUAAAUGCUCUUGGGUACAAGGACAAGACAUCAGCAGUCGACACUGAUUGCACUGGGUUGCUUCAUGUUAUCAUAAAUAACAAGUACUUUCAUAGUCACAUUGGAUGCAAUGUUAGCAGGACCAAACAAUCUUUUUUCAAAGGUACGGCAGUACCGAAAUGAGAUUUUUCACUCUAGCUCUAUGGAGUUAGAGGAGAGCAAGGCUAAUUGUUAUAUUGAUGACAUGAUAGCUGUUCUACAAGAUGGUAAAGAACUUAUACAUCAACAAGAUGCACAACAAGCUGUCGGGAAACUCCAAGAUCUGAAGAAGAAGGAAUUCAUUAUCACCACUGAAGACUUUGAAGAAAUUCUGACACAAAUCAAAGAAGAAAUGAGAACAGAAAAUGCUGCAACCAAAGAGGAAUUUGAGGUGCUCACAAGUAAAUUAACUGAACUAAAAGCACAGAUGUCGGAAGCUGAGAAAGAACGUACAGAGUUAAAAAGAAGAUUUACUGUUCAUGAGACAGAGCAGAAAGAGGAGAUAAAAAGACUCAAAGUAGAAAGUUCUCCUCAACAAAAACAGUUUGAAUUUGAAAAGGCUAAAUCAGAAUGGCGGGAAAAGCUGAUAGAACAGUAUCAAAAAACCCUGCUGCAAGUUCCUACAACACCUUUGCAACCAAAAAGUGAAAAAUGUAGCUUUAGUGAGAUUUAUAUUAGACCCACAAUAACGAGGGAAAUAAAACGAGAAAAGGGUGAAACAAAGGAGGUGGAGGUUUAAAAACAAUG